GCCCGCUAAGCCUCCGAUUUCUUUGCUAAAAUCCUGUGUGUCUGUUUUUCCUUAUAGCUCCAUGUUCAUGGCCAUGCCCACCCAAUUAUGUCCAAAUCAUGUCAUCCCAUAUGCAAAUUCUUCAACCUCUCAUCCAAAUCGAACCACCAUCAACUCAAUUUCGAUUAUUGAUUUGGGGAAACGGCGCCUAACGAGAUUGUCAGUUCAAUGCUCUGAGAAACAAACACAGAACCUCCGCACUUGCAAGAAUUGCAAGGCCCAGUUCGACCCUUUGCUCAAUCACCCUCAUGCUUGCCGUUACCACACUGCUCAUUUUGGAGGAGAAACAAGGAGGAAGUUUGAGAGUGUUUAUUCCGGUGGCACCAUGGACACCCCUGAUGGUGGUAAAGUUUUUCAAUACUGGCAUUGCUGUGGGUCUGAAGAUCCUUUUGACGCUGGUUGCACAGCUGCACCUCAUGCUUCUUAUGAUGAUUGAUACAUUGAUUCUUAAGCACUUUAGCCAAUUCACAAGUCGAAUCUCAUGUUGUAUCUCUAUAAUUUUUCUUAGUCCUUUUCUCAUAAUUGUACAACACGCAUAGCUUAAUACAAUUUUGGGAAAUUGCAUGAAUU